CUGGUACCACUUACCUUAACAAGUACACGGAGGCCAUGAUGCGUGCAGCGACAGCCCUACCAUCCACUGGAACCAUCUCCAACACCGCGUGGCCGCUGCCUAAACGCGCAGCUCGAUGUGGAAGAGGAAAACUGGUCUGCCAUGCGGCACCAUCAAGCUCGGGCGUGGCGCCCAACAAGGCAACGGCAGCGCUGUUCCCGGCCUACCGUCGUGACCCGGAGUUGCAGGCAGCAUUGGACGCACUGUUUGCGGAUACGACGGACAAGGGCAUCAGGCGCCUCCCACACGCCGACGUGCAGCACCACGUGGAGCGGCUCAUCGACCUGGGCCGGCGCCUGGGGCUGAACCGCGUGCACCCGCAGUGGAACGACGGCGCGUUCUGGGGUCGCCUGACGACGCUGACGAGCGGCAUCACGACAGACAACGUGGCUACUCUGGGCCGCCUCACAUUCAACCGGGUGCAGCCCACCGGCAUCAUGGUGCAGACCGACCAGGCAGAGGCGGCGGGCGUGCCGGAGGGGCCGGACCAGUGGAAGGGCCCGGAGGCGGCUGCGUGUGAGGACCCGGCGCGCGGCUAUGCCGUGACCACCCACUUCCGGCUGCUUGAGGCGGACGUGCUGGGGGCCAUGCACGUGCAGGCGCUGUACGAGGCAGACGGAGAGGACCCGGAGAAGCUGUGGAUCACGUUCACGGGCUUCUCCAUUGAGCCGGUACACAAGGACGCGGACAGCAUGGCCCGGUGGCGCGGCGCCCUGGCGGAAGCCAACCCGGACAUGGACCCUGUCAGCGGCCGCAUCACUGUGUCCUUCGAGCCGGCCAAGCGCGGCCGCGGCAGCCUGCGCUACAUCCUGAUGGACCCCGAGUGGCAGCUGGCGCUGGGCGGCAGUGGCGCUCUCACGUGCAUGCAGCGCGUGUAGGGUGCGGCGGCAGCAGCGGUGGUGGCAGUGCGGGUGUGAGUGUGCGGAAUCCUUGGGUGGCAGUUUGGGUGGGGCCCUCCGUGCAAGACGAAGUGACCAGACGGGGCGAUAGCAGGUCGAAGCGCGAUGUGUGGGUCAGGAGCGUGCGGGGGGGGGGGGGGCAUGGAUUGUGUGCGGCGGCAGGAGUGGUGCCGGCACUGUGGCAUCUGCAAGUAUGUUCAGGGCCUCUGCUACCCCUGCUACUUAAAGGAGUGGCGUUGAGUGGCGUAAGCGUUGAAGGAGUUAAGCAGCUUGACGGAAGGGAGGAAGUCAGGCACAGGCACAGAAAGCUGCGUGGGCGGCGGGCACCGGGAGUGUCGUUCGUGGGCGGAUGGCAGGCACAGAAGGCGGGCUGGCGGGCGCACGAAACUUUCGCGUGGCCAGGUGUAAGGUUUCGCCAGGUGUAAGGUUUCGGGCCA